AUGUCCCUCCUUGACAAAAUGUCUACAGCAGAUUUGAUGGAAAACCUCAGAGAAGAACUAACCUGUUUCAUCUGCUUGGACUAUUUCACCAGCCCAGUGACCACUGAGUGUGGACAUAGCUUUUGCCUGGUGUGUCUUCUCAGGAGCUGGGAGGAGCAUAGCACGCCCGUAUCCUGUCCCGAGUGCUGGAGGACCUUGGCGAUCCCUCAUUUCCAGCCCAAUGAGCGUUUGGGGAGGCUGGCCAACAUUGGCAAGCAACUCAGGUCCCAGGUGCUGCAGAGUGAGGACGAGCAAGGCAGCUACGGGAGAAUGCUGGCAGCCACUAAAGUGUUCUCUGAUGACGAGCAGAGUGUAAACUCUUACUCAACCCAAAGUCACGGGAUAAACAGAGGGUGUCUCUCCAAUGAGGCUGAGGAGUACCACAAAGAGAAACUCCAGGAGAUCCUAAAUACGUUGCGUAAGAGGAAAAAGGAAGCUCAGGCUAUCUUAACCCACGAGAAGGAGAGAGUGAUAUUGUGUAAGGAAGAGACAAAGAGUUGUAAACAGGUAGUUGUGUCAGAAUAUAUGAAGAUGCAUCAGUUCCUGAAGGAGGAGGAACAGCUGCAACUCCAGCUACUAGAAAAGGAGGAAAGAGAGAACCUGAAGAAACUGAGGAGCAACGAGAUCCAGCUGACCCAACAAAUCAGAAGCCUGAGCAAAAUGAUGGACCAGAUAGAGUCCGUGUGUCAGAAUUCAAGUACAGAAUCGUUUGAGGAAGUGAGAGAAGCCCUGGAGAGGAGUGGCCCACUCUUGCACCAGUGCCCCGAGGCCACCACCACGGAGCUGAGUCUCUGCCGUAUCACAGGAAUGAGGGAGAUGCUAAGAAAAUUCAGCACGGACAUCACUCUGGAUCCAGUCACAGCCAAUGCCUACCUCGUCCUGUCGGAUGAUCUGAAAAGCGUUAAACACGGAGGAAUCAGACAGCAGUUACCGGACAACCCAGAAAGAUUUGACCAGUCUGCAACCGUGCUGGGGGCCCAGACCUUCACCUGCGGGAGACACUACUGGGAGGUGGAAGUGGGGAACAAGACCGAGUGGGAAGUGGGCAUCUGCAAGGACUCAGUGAGCAGAAAGGGGAACCUCCCAAAGCCCCCUGGGGACCUCUUCUCACUCAUUGGUUUAAAGAUUGGAGACGAUUAUAGUCUUUGGGUGUCUUCGCCUUUAAAAGGUCAACAUGUCAGAGAGCCUGUGCAGAAGGUUGGUGUUUUCUUGGACUACGAAUCUGGACAUAUAGCAUUCUACAAUGCGACGGAUGAGUCCCUCAUCUAUAGUUUCCCUCCAGCCUCUUUCCAAGGCGCUCUCCGACCUAUCUUUUCCCCUUGCCUCCCAAAUGAAGGCACGAACACUGCCCCUCUUACCGUCUGCACACUGAAUCGCCACGCCUGACGGAGGUGCUCCCGAGCCUUCUCUACCACCAGCGGAUGACUAUUGAUUAACAUGAUUAAUGCAUUGACAGUAUUAACCGUCAGAUGAGCCCAACAAAAAGCCCGCCUCCCUAGGAAUUUCCUUUAUCUUGAGCCCACAAUGGACAGCCAAAUUAGACAGCCAACA